AUUCUACAGUUUUUUUUUAUUUUAUCAUAGAUAGAUAAUAAGUUGAAAUCGAACACUUCCAAAAUGCCAUUCACGCCAGAAUUGCUGAUCAAGCAGUAUGUCUACCCGAUCUUCUUUGCUUCCAACCAAGAGGAACUGAUUUAUCGCAUGUGUUAUGGCACUGUCAUCUAUGCCAUCCUGACCCUGUUGCUGCCCACCCCUGCCCCUUAUGGACGGUACAGCAGCAGCAAAUUCGGCUUCGGAGUUCCUGUGCGGUGGGCAUGGCUCAUACAGGAAUGCCCCUCCUUCUUCGUGCCCUUCAUCCUGGCUGUGUAUGGAAGAAAGACAGCCUUCAAAGGGGUCGUCAACCAGUUCUGCCUGGGGCUCUUCGUCAUGCAUUAUUUCCAGAGAUCCUUCAUCUUUCCCUUGUUGAUGAAGAGUAGGAAACCAACGCCAUUCUUGCCGUUCUUCUUUGCCUUUUUGACGUGCCUUUAUAACGGAAUCCUCCACGGGCUGUAUUUUGUUAACUUCUAUCACUACAAGAAUGAAGUAUGGCUUUACAGACCCAAUUUCUAUAUUGGUGUUAUUAUUUUCCUGUAUGGUAUGAAGGUUAACAUGGGUGGAGACACAGCUUUGCGUAAUCUCCGAAGAGGAAGUGAAACAGGUUACAAAGUCCCAACGGGUGGUUGGUUUGAAAAAAUCUCUUGCCCAAAUUACUUUGGUGAAAUCGUAGAGAUGUGGGGUUAUGCAAUUGCCAGCCUGGCCCCCCCUGCCAUUGCUCAUGCCUUCUUCACCACUGUCUUUCUUUCAAGGAGGGCGCUUCAACAUCAUGAAUGGUACUUAAAGAAGUUUGAAGACUACCCCAAGGAACGCAAAGCUGUUAUACCAUACCUUCUGUAAAGUUGUCUAACAUUUCCUAACAUCUUUCACAUCACAUAUAUAAUUGAUAUAUUAAUAUAUGUAAAUAUAGGUCACUGUUAUAUAUUUGGAUCAUUAUUAUCUCAAUUUUAUAUAUAAACAAAUGAUAUUGCUCAGUGAUUCUACGCCAGGCAGAUUUUCAUAACAACAAAAGUAAUAGCUUUGGAAAAUGUGUUUUAUGAAAUUGCAAACUAUUCCAUUCAAACCACUAAGAAAAGGCAGAACAUCAGAAAUCAUUAUGGGCCUACAAAUGCCUUUCUUUUUUGUAAACUUAUUGUCUAGAAAUUAUAUAGUGUUUAGAAUAGAUGGCCCAAACCCCAGAAUGUAAUUUUUUCCUUUUAUAUAUUUAUGUAAAUUAACAAGCCUGUUUGGAUGAAAAAAUACUCUACUUUUUUCUACUACAUGCCUAUUUUUUAAUAUCUAAAGUUAUUCAUAAAAAUACCAAAAAAGAACAUUUAUGAUAUGAACAAUUAUUUUAUGAUUAUCAAGUUUAUUUGUAUUUCUUUGGUCAAAGGAUGUGACAUCCCCAAUACUCAGAUUUAACAGACUGUAAUAUAUAUAUACUGUAAAUUAAAUCAAUAUGCUCCAAAGGGUAAUAUAAUGCACAAUACAUAUGAUGCCUGUGUCAGUUUUACAUAUUAUUUUGGAAAUUUUCAUACAAAUUACAAAUAACCACAAGUACAAUUUAUCAAAAUGUUUAGUGAAGAUGAUAUUUUGGAGUUAUUGAUUCAGUGUCUAAAAAUUAAACUUUGAUUCUGUAAGAAAGAUCAACAAUAGUAGAUAUUAUAUGUCAUUAAGAGAAUGAUAUGAUCAGGAUCAGAUUCUCUUGUAAGUGAUGAGUGUAAAAAGUCCUGUGCACUUAUAGUCUGCUGGUUGUUAUAAACCAUAAUUUUGUGUGUGUUUCAGUGUGUGUUUGUGAUGUGAGCAUACAUGUGCUUGUGCAUGAGCGUGAGUGUGGGAGUGCUUCCAGUUAUAUAGUUUUCUGUGUGUAUACAUCUGUGUGUGCUGUAUGCAUGCAUGUGUUUAUAUUAUAGGCCUAUUUAUGUCACACAUCCACAAACUGCAGUGUAAUAUAUAAAAUACAAACACGUAACUUAAACCAAGUAGAAUAUCUCAGGCCAGAAAUGUACAAUGCACAUUGAUAUCAAAUGUUAUAUUGUAAUUUAUUCAAAGAUAUACAUAUAUAUAGUAAAAGCCAUUAAAAGUUGUUAUUACCUAUUACAUGUCAGUUGUUCAUAUAUUAAUACAAGAAAGAUCAUAUAUUGUC